AUGGCCAAGAAUCGUGUGCCGACGAUGAAAGAACUUGAGGCGCUUCAUCGUAUGAUACGGGCCUCGGAGAAAAGGUUGGCCGACCUGAACGCCGAGAUAGACACUGUUCGGGCCGAAGCAGAUGGGUACCAUGCUACAUUAAAGGAGUUGAAUCCAUUGCUCCAAAUAGCCAAAGUGGUUCAAUCCAGCGCUGAAUUGACGCUCUCCUCGGUUGAAAAUGGGCAGUUUGACCAAGUUUGGAAAAGUUUGGACAAAGAGGGGGAUCCCCAUUCAUGCACUCCCCAUCCUUCCCAGUCUCAAAUCCAUGCAAUUGGCAAGAAAUUCAGAGAGUCUCAUGAAGCCCAUCAGCGACUGGCCCAAUCUACUCUGAAGGAAGCCUUCAUACAAGUUGCACAAGCUGAAGAGGAUAUAGACGUAAAUGAAACUUUACUAUCUUGUGCCGAACAAGCACUGUCGAGUCUCAUCAAUUUACGCGAAGAGACUAAGGACCAAAUAAAGCGUAUGAAGGGGUUAAUCAGAGCAUCCCGUCGAGUCCCGGACGAGUUAUGGCUGCAAAUCUUUGAAGAGAGGAUCAAUGAGGACGAGAAUCACUAUAUGAGAGGGAAAAGAGAAGAAUAA